UUCGAAUGCGGAAAAACUUUGAGGGAGGCGGUCGUCUGUUUUAAUCUUAUUUAUUUAAAUCUACAUUUAUCGACUUUCUUCACGCUUUGAACUUGGAUGAUGGCGAACGGGCACGUGGAGAUCCACGACGUGCUCUCCAACGGCGCCGGCCCGGGCGGAGCUUCAGACCCCGAGUCUCCGUCAGAGGCGGGCAGCAUGGAGGGCUCGGUGGAGUUCAGGCUGCUGAUGGCGUACGCCACCAGGCGGCGCCCUGUCGGAGAACCCGAGCCCCCGUCGAAGAGCGGCGGUGAAACGACGGGGAACGGCGACGCAAACGGCUCCGCUCAGACGGAAGAGAAGACGACAGUCAAUAAGAAGAAGAAGAAGAAGAAGGGAUGGAAGCGUCUGCCGAGCGUCCUCAGAUGUGUCAAACCUCAAACUGAAGAGGCAGACGAGCAGCGGCGGCGGCAUCCGGCGCCGGUGGCGACAAAUCACUUGGUCCAUGACCGGAGUUUAACUCCUGAAGCUCCUGAAGGACGACAGCGAAGUCUGGAAGCUCCUGAAGCUCCAGCAGCAGAUGAGGAGCAGGACGUCGACCGGUUGGGGGCGGUGGCGAGCCGGCUGACGGCGCUCGCUGACGAAAUCCCGUUCGUUCCUCCUGACAUCGAGUCGGACGCUCCGGAAGGAAGUCACUCCCGGGAGGUGGAGGUGAUGAUCGGCCUGCUGCUCAGGGAGGCUGGAGACCGACUGAACGAGAAGGAGCUGAGAGACAAGAACAUCGCCGCCGAGCUCUUCUGGAACUACGGCUUCUUCAGGUCGCUGCUGAACGCCGUGCUGAGCCGCAUGGGCCUGAGGAGCGCCGACCCCGACGCCCCCGGGCCGCAGGCCUCGCCCAAAACCCAGAUCGCCGUCGCCUGCGAGAUCACCACCCGUCUGUCAGUCAUCGACACGCUGCCCACGAGCCGCCUGCUGGACCACGGAGCGCGAUACCUGCAGGACUUCUACUCGCCGUGGGCGCAGCAGCAGGGCGGAUAUGAGGAGGCGUUCAAGGAGGACGAGGAUGACGAGGUGCACUGAGACGCGUCUGGAUCCACAGCGCCCCCUGCAGGAUGCACCUGGACCCUGAAGCUCCAGGACCCUCAAUCUUGACUCAGGACAAUUUUUUUUCUUUCACACUUAUGCAAAGUAAACUGCAGCUCGUCUCUUCUGCGCGUUGAGAAACAAACGUCUCAACCUGCGACAUCUGAAGUCUUGAACUGGACUCUGGGUCAUCUCUGAUCACGCUCAGCAGCACCUGCACUUUAUCAGAUGUGUUUUAGCCCAAAGUUGCUGCGAUACGCUGUGAUCAUUUUGAGAUCUGAGCUCGGUUUGACCAGGAAGGAGGGGGAACGUUCCUGUGUUGGGGGGGGAGCUCAUGAUUUCACUGAGGAAGAAUGUACAACAGAGGCUCGACUUCAAGUUCAGAAAAGAGGGAAGUUGGUGCUGUGAGCAGAAAACUGAGGACAGAGACGGCUGUGAAAGAAAUAUGCCUCCUUGGUGAUUUAUACAGUUAAAAUGAGAAUUUUUUGUCACAAAUACUUUUUACUCUUUUUCACUAUAUAGAUAGAUAUGUAGAUUUAAUGAAAUUUUGCUGGAGGGGAAAAAGAGAAAUAGCAGAGAAAAGGAUCGAGGAGGAAACGGUUUCCUCAGUUUGUUUUUGUGAAGUUAGGAGAUUCGCUGAUGUGUGUUCUCGUCUGCCGGACGUCAUUUCACUGAUAAACGUUCCCUUUUCCAAUCCGUCAUCAGUUUACCCUCUGAGACUCAUGGAUCCCAAACAUCACUUUAUUAAAGAUCCUUCAUCUGAACGUUGAUAGAAAUACACGACUCUGAACAGAAAAUACCAAAACAAAAAUAUACAAAAACCAUGAAAAGAGAGUGUUCCUGCUGGUUCAUCCGAGGGCCCAGUGAUCGGACUGCGAGGCGUUGAGGAGCACCGACUCGCUGCUCUCCCCUUCUUCGUGCUGAAACACACACAGCACACAUGAGGAGGAAGCAGGGAAUGGUGUGUGUGCGCGUGUGUGUGCGCGUGCCUCACCUUGGUGGCGAUGGCCCUCAGCUUCCCCAGCAGCGACGGUUUCUGCGUGUACACCACGUCGUCCUCGGCCUCCUCGCCCUCGUUCAGAGCGCAGCUGUCCGCAGCUGGAAGCUCGCCGUCCUUGUUGGCGGACAUGACCAGACGGGAGUAUUUAUACUCCAGCCUGAACAGAGAGACGCUUCAGUCAGAGCCGACGGAACAAGUGGUAACGCUACCGCAAGACCUUUUUUUUUUUUGUGAAAAUUGGUGAAAUGUUCUUUCCUAAACUUCAAAAGUGUGGUUAGGGACUGUGAGUGAAAGUUGGAGGACAGAGAAGGGACUCCAACCAGUGAUCUCCUACAUCAGAAACCACUGCUCGACCAAGGGAGCAAUGGCAACAACACAAGUUCACUGCACAACUGCUAUGAGGCCAUCAAUCUGUGAAAAUUGGAAAAAAAAA